CAGAUCAAGGCUCAGGUGAAGCGGUUCCGGAUGGAGACCAAGGCGGCCAAGACGCUGGGCAUAAUCGUCGGCGGUUUCAUCGUGUGCUGGCUACCCUUCUUCACCAUGUACUUGGUCCGGGCGUUCUGCCCGACGUGCAUACAGCCCACCCUGUUCUCCGUCAUGUUCUGGCUGGGCUACUGUAACAGCGCCAUCAAUCCGAUGAUCUACGCACUGUUCAGCAAGGACUUCCGGUUCGCGUUCAAGCGGAUCAUAUGCCGGUGGUGCUGUUGGGCGUCGUCCGGCGACUCGACGGCCGGCAUGGGCGGCGGACUGACCGUGGCCGACUACGGCCGGCGCAAGGGAUCGGACGGUUCGCAGCUGGGCGCCGGCGGCCACGGCGGUUCGUCGCCUCGAAACAGGUACAUCGUGGCCGGUUCCGUGGUCGGGGCCGUGGGUUCCGACGAGUGCAGCACGCGCAGCAUGCGCCUGCUCCAGUACUCGGACAGCGAGCCGCUCAACGAACCGUGUUCGGACGACAGGUGAUCGUCACUGCGCGAGCGACACCUCCGUCGCUGUAACGACGUUACUAAGAGAAUGUGUUCUGCGUUACGAUGCCGGUAUGACUCCCGUUCUGUGCGACGAGUGCGUUUUUGCAUUAUUAAUUAUUAUUAUUAUUAUUAUAAAACUAUUAAACGAAAUGAUAUUAUAUUAUAAAAAUACACUAA